CUAAAAAUGGGUAGCACUUCAAUUAUAGUGGAGCUAUCUAUCAUCACAUUCUAUUUUUACAUGGACACUGUAAACAUUUGGUGUAAAGGAAACGAGGGCUAUUAGCAUCUCGCAAUCCGGCUACCACCUCAGUAACAGGUCAUCUCCCACUAGCCUGGAAGGCCGAAGGGACUGAGUUUUCCCAGGGGAGCACUUGGGCGUGCGUGCCUGCGCAGUAGAUCGCGUUCUAAGGUGGAAGGUUGCGCGUUUGAGUGUCCAUGGCAACGCGACGCUUCCGCCUUCUGGAAGCUUUAGUUUGUUCCAGCUCCACUUGUGAGGCCGGUCCGGGUGGGAGGGACCUGGGCACAGGGGAACAGAUGGGGGCAGGAGGGGGGCAGGACUGGGGAAGCUACCUGAAACAUUUGCCCCAGGGAUUGAGCUAAACUAAGAAAAAUUGGUCCAAGGCUCAGCGCAAAAGGAUCUUUUCAUUCCGGUCCUUUCGUCCUCACAGGGAACAGGGAACAAUGCCUAUGGAGGUGGUGGUGGAGCUGCAGAUCCGGGCGAUUUCUUGCCCAGGGGUGUUCCUGCCUGACAAGCAAGAUGUGUACCUUGGGGUUUACCUCCUGAAUCAGUACCUGGAGACCGACUGCUUUCCCUCUGUGUUCCCUAUUAUGAUUCAGCAGAGAAUGAGAUUUAAAAAGUUAUUCGAAAACGCAAUAGAUCCUGGAGCUGUAGCAGACAUUUUAGAAAGCUUUCUAACCAGGUUUGAAUUAAUACAGCUAGUGUCUCCAGUGUGGGAAGAGUUGGCCUACUAUGAAGAAAACACACGGGAGUUUCUUUUCCCUGAGCCUAAGCUGACACCUUCGAACCCUGGCAUGUGUAGGGAGGUGCUCAUGAAAACGGCUGCAGGUUUUCCUGGCAUUGCUCCAAAAAUAGAGUUUUCUACAAGGACAGCCAUCAGAGAAUGUGUGCUUCUGCAUAGAAACAGAUUUCUUGAAGAAAGUUAUAAGUCACGAAGUCCUUUAUCUACACCAUAUGGACCAAAAUUCCCCUUAAAUAAUACACAUGGGAAGCCAAGGGAGCAUAAUCUCAACAAAUCGCCCCAGAGCAUGCAGUCCCGGGUGCCCUCUCCAUAUUCUACCAGGCGUUUCUUCCAGGACCAGCCAGCUCAGCUGAACCUUGGAAAUAACUUCAAAAUCUCCAGAGAAAGCAAACCUCCAUUUGUAGUUAGACAUGUGGACAGUGCAAAGCCCUUUGGUGAGAGUAUUUCAGAGCAUCAUUCUGGGAAGUCUAGAAGAAAAUCCAAGUUUUCACACUGUCCCUUUCCAAUGAGAAGAGCAUCUUCUCUUGACAGCCUUGCCGCUAACAUAAAGGUUAUCAAAGAGCCAGAUGAACGGAUUGUUUUAAGGAAUGAGUCACCGUCACGGUUAGAUUCAAGUAAGUUUGGAAAGCCCUCGCCCAGUUAUGAUAACCAAGGGGAUGCUGAUUGCCGCCUGGAAACUUCAUUUGCCACCUCCCGGCACUCCAGAUCUCCCAGCCCUCGUCUGGAUCGGCCCCUUUGCCGAGCAAGGUUCCACCCUGGUUCUCAGUCCACAUGGAAGAAGAUCCAUGAAAGGGUAUGCGAUCUUCUGACAUCCCACAGAGCUCAGCAGCGCCUAAACGAGGAAGAUUUUAUCUCUGAAGUAAAUCACACCCUUGAAAGACCAAGCUACCCUCUGAAGAACUACCAGGUUCAUGCACAGAAAUAUUCUUAAGCUGAAGUUUUAUGCAAUCCCACCUGCAGGGGGACACUGAAUGAAAGCUGAAGGAGUAUCAUGAAGAACUCCCUCAUCCAGGCAACUGACACAUCCUUAGGGAAAUGAACAACGAUUUUUGUUAUGUGUGUGGAGUUGCCGAUGUGUAAUCCCCUUUAAAUCAAACCCUGUGCUCAAUCUUUUGUACCCAGGUAAGAGUUGUUAAUUAAAGUGUUCAUUGUUUGGAGCUCAUAUUUUCUUGUGGAGCUGGAAAAUUUGUGUUUUAAUAUGUUUGUGUGUUUGUUUGGAGCUUGAAAUAAAAAAUAACAAUAGUUGAGUGGUAGAUGCUUAGAAAGUACUCCUUAGAAUUUCACUGAAAAUGUCAAGAUGCCUUUUCAGGUAUUCCUCAUUUUUGGCAUGGAGUGUCCUUGAAAAGUCCUUUUUUCCCCUCCCUCCCUCCUUCCUCCUCAAUUCCACCCCCUCUCUCUUUCUUUCCAAAUCAACUUACAUUUUACAUCAGCUAGAGGAAGAUGCUAUUUCAUGAAAUAACCUGAUAAA